GGAACUUCGGAUGACGGACAAGGCCGAGCCAGUGCCAGUGACGGAUAUCUUGAAUCGUUCAUACUCUCUCUCUCUCUCUCUCUCUCUCGACUCCGCACCCCGUCCAUCUCCUUAUUGUCAGCUACAACUACAAUUCGUCAAUAAUGUCCAACCAAGAGAUUAACGACGGUGAGGAGCUAUGGGCUGUAGCGGACCUCUGCUUGAUCCCCAUGGGCGUCGCCGAUCCCAGCGUCGGUCCCCAGAUCGCCGAGUGCCAAAGAGUGCUUGAGAAGAGCGGUGUGGAAUAUACGAUGCAUGGAUAUGGUACCAAUAUCGAGGGACCCUGGUCCAAGGUGACCAAGGUCAUCUACGACUGUCACGUAGCCGUCCACAAACUCGGCACGCCCCGUAUCUCGAGCGAUAUCAGGAUCGGAACCCGGGUGGACCGCAAGAUCACCGGAGGUGGAAACAAGGGGAAGAAGGAGAGGGUCGAGCAGAUCUUGGCCAAAGACAAGGAACAGUCUACGAGCGCAUGA